AUGGAUUCCACGAAUUUCAACAUGGAAGAUUAUGUUGAUUUUGAAUUAUUAUAUUCAUCAAUUGACUUCAUCAUUGAUAAAACAAAAAAUGGCGCUCGUUACAACGUUUUUGUGGAUUAUGAUGAUUGUGAAGAAGAAUGGAAUAAAAGAAUUAUUGCAUUUCCAAAUCAUGAUUCUAUUACAUUACAAAGGUUGAAAUUAUCAUUCAGAUUAACGAAAUUCCAUAUAAUUCCAGUAAAUAGACAUUCCUGUUUAGAAUUAGAUGACUCUUAUUUAUCUUCCGAAAAUUAUAUUAAUGAUUAUGAUGAAAUCUGUAAUUUGAUUGAUGCAGAAUUAACUGGAAAUUUACAUAACAAAUAUUCAUCUUACCCAGGUACUUUACUUGUGAGAUUAUGGCAUUUGCAUAUUCUGUAUUCCUUACACAUCCCAAUUCCAGUUAAAAAGUUCACCCCAAAAAAUAACUAUACUGGAAGAAACCCUUCAAUUUUGAAUGUAUUACAUUUAGUAAAACCAUAUUAUCCCAAAAUUCUGACGGUAUUUUCAACUGGUGAUUAUAAAACCUUUGAAUUAGAUACAAAUUCAAUUAAAAAAUGUCUCUUUUCAAGAAGUAAGUUGAUUGGGGUUGAUAAAGAGGUAGAAGUGAGUCAUAAUGCUUAUCGAAUAUGUUUUGAACCAAUUCAUUUACUACUUAAAGCCAAGUUUCAAAAUGUUACUUUUAAAAAUCAAGAUAAUGAGACCAGCAAUGUUAUUCCAGAUCAUUCGUACUCAAUUUUGAAAGAUUAUAAGACUUACAAGGUACCCAUUGAAGUAAAGACUUCUGGGUUAUAUGAUGCUUUCAAAAAUGAUGAGGAGGAUUUUAAACAAUUUGUCUUACAAUCAACAUAUCAAAUGAUACUGACGAGAAGUGGAUUAGGAAUUUUACUUGAUCCACAAACUAUUGUGAUUCUAAGGAUUUCAAAUCAAAAUUUUGAUGAAAACCAAAACUGCAAGUUAACAAAUAAUGAAGUUGGAUUUGACGUUGAAUGUUAUAAUCAUAGUUCAACACAGAGUCUCACCGCUAUAUUAGGAAUCAUUUUAAAUGAUUACUUCACUGAAGUUGAUGAAAUAAUUACUCAAAGAAUGGAAGAUUUGAACUCAAAUCUUAAGAAAACACAGGCGCAAAUACAGAAGGAGGAUGAUGAAAGAUAUGCAACUGUUGAACAGAUUUGGUCAGAUAUAAACGAUAUCUUUGUAUGGAACGACGACACGAAAUCUUAUGCUGCAGAUAAAACAAAGUUAACCAAAUAUUUCUCAAAGGAUGAUAAAACUAAGUCUUAUAUUCAUAAAAAGAUAAACUUACAAAUCCCUGACAAGUAUUUUAACUAUUUAUUAUCUAUGUCUUCGCCGGGUGGAUCAAUUGAUUUUAAAGAUUUCAACAUUACAAGAAUAAUCCAGGGUGGAACCAACCUUCAAAAAUAUAAAUAUCAUGCCCAAGUUUUUAUUGUUGACUAUAUGGGUGAAGCAGAUAAAGAAAAGUCCCAAAUUAUCUUAAAGAUCUAUAAUCCAGUGUUUGCUGCAAGAGAUGGUAUUGACUCACAAAAGGCAACAUUUCUUCAAACUUUAUCUUUCUCACUUUCGAUGUUUGCUACAGAAGUGCAUGCAUAUGAAUUAUUAAGAGAUAGAGGACCAGAAGGUAUCAAGGUCGCAAAGUUAGAGAGCGCUGGUGCUAAGAAUAAAAAUGGGCAUAUAAAUUUCGUACCACAUGUUUACGAAUAUGGCUUUCUUAACUGGGAAUCUCCAAAGGUGGGAUUCUAUAUCCUUGAGGAAUAUAUUAAACCUGAUAAUGUAAAAUCAAAAGAAGAGGCUCUCAAAUUAGCAAGAACUGCAUUGGAAUAUAUCCAUAGUAAGGGUGUCCUCCAUGGGGAUAUCAGACGUUCGAAUUUAAUAUUUGGAAAUGGUAGGUGCUAUAUAAUCGAUUUUGGAUUCUCCAGAUUCAAAAAGUUCUUCAAGGAUGAAAGAGAUAAAAAAGUUCAAUAUGAAAUGAAUCAGGAAAUGGAUAGGUUGGUAAAGGUAAUUGAAAAGAGUGUCUUUCCGUAG